GACACAGCAUCGUGUGGCGCGGCCGCCCGUCUGCCUCUCCUUUCCGCCGCUCUCCCAACCAUGACCCUGCGAAGACUCCGGCGCCUCCGGCCCGGACAACCGGCCCAAGAAACGGCGGCCAGCGUGGCCGGCCCGGAAGCUCACGGGGGCCGAGGGUCGGAGCUGGAAAAGGCGCUGGCGGCCUCGGGGGGCACCUUGCCCCGAGCUAGGAGGGGCUCUGGAUUCAAGUGGCACUCUCUGAGCCAGUCGCCUGAACAGCACAGGAAGGUGAUCACACUGGAGAAAGAAGAGACUCAGACGUAUGGUUUUGAGAUUCAGACCUAUGGGCUACACCAUCAGGACACAAAACGGGUGGAGAUGUUCACUUUUGUUUGCCGGGUUCACGAAAACAGCCCAGCCCAAGCAGCAGGCCUUAAACCUGGAGACACAAUCACAGGGGUGAAUGGACUUAACGUAGAAGGCAUCCGGCACCGUGAGAUUGUGGAGAUCAUCAAAGCAUCUGGAAACAUGCUCAGGUUAGAUACCUUGUAUGGUGCAUCAAUCCGGAGGGCUGAAUUGGAGGCUCGCUUGCAGUAUCUCAAGCAAACGCUCUAUGAAAAAUGGGGAGAAUAUCGGUCAUUGAUGGUCCAGGAGCAGCGCUUGGUCCAUGGGAUUGUGGUUAAAGACCCCAGCAUCUAUGAUACGUUGGAGUCUGUGCAGUCCUGCCUGUACGGCUCGACACCCUACGGGAUGCUGUUGAGAGGAGCUGGGAGUACUUACAGCAGCGUGGGCUGUGUCAGCACUGCCACCGAUGAGACCGAGGAAUCUCUUUACCAGACUUGCUUUUUUGACUCUGCCGACUCCCUGGACAUUGUCCCUGCAACAGCCCAGUUUUCAUGCCCCAAGACAACAUUAACCCGCAGCAUCAGCGUCAAAUGCACCACUACCACCACCACCACCAAUGGGGAUGCCUGUUUCUGGGACAAAUCCAGAGAAGCAAAGAACUCUGUGGUCACGUCAAGGCCCCCCAAAAGCAAACAUGGAAGCUUCCGCAAGAGACUCCUCAAGUUUAUUCCUGGGUUGAACCGCUCUUUGGAAGAAGAGGAGAGCCAGUUGUAAAAGGACACUCAUUGGGAAAAGCAAAGCACAGUUCAGCCAUGAGGCCGGCUGCCUCUGCUUGCUGUGGUCUCUAUUUAUUUAUUUAUUUGAUUCACAGAGGACUGGGCUUCCGAAUGCCAACUGACCAGCUCUAUGAAAAUGCAGGUUGCAGUCUAUCUUGGACUUUUGGAAGAAUAAUUCAUCCGCCUAGAUGGGAGUGGGAUAACACCACCCGUUGGGUGGGUCUUCAGAGUCCUAGGAAGAAAUGAGUGGUGGGAGAGAAAGAAGACCUCAAAAGAAAAGAAAAAUGUAGCACAUUGUGAGGCCAAAGAAGUACAAGUCAUUUUGUAUACUUCAUUCAUGCGAGGGUAGUUUUGGUUUGGGAUGUUUUUUCAGGAAUUGGCAUAAAGCAGCCUCUUCAAGUUAUUGGGUGUCAUUGUGGGCUAUAGGGUGACUUCUAGAAAUGGAUGGGAAACAGUACAUUAUUAUUGGUUUAAGUAGCAUGAACAGUUUUUUUUUUAAGAAAAACACCUGAAAUGUUUGGUUUGGGUUUGUACAUUGGGUGGCUUUUGUUAGGACUUAAUGAGGGGGGCCAUUAGAAGAGCCAGCAUGGUAACUUAGCCUAGAGCAUGAAGUAGCAUUUGAGGUUUAGUCAGAUAGAUUGAGAAAGCUCAGAUCCGAGGCAAAAAGUAGAAAGCAAGAGCAACCGCCAUCUUUUAUUGGACACCCUCCAGGUGCAUUGGGACUUCCAAGUCCCAGAAUUCCCGUUUAGCCUUGAAUUUGGCCACGUUGGCUGGAAAUUUGCAUUACAUUUAGAAGAUUCAGUUCUACGAUGGAGUGAGCUGUGUAGGUGGCCAUGAAGAAGCAAGAACUCCCAAGGUGUUUCUGCAUUUUGGUUUUGUAUUUUUAAGCGUUGAAAGGCAAACUGCCAGGAGUUUUAUACACAUCAAGUUCAAUCGUUCCCUUACACUUGGGGCCUGGUCAGUUCUAAGCUACGCUUAGAACAGUGGUUCCCAAACUUGGCAACUUUAAGACUUGUGGACUUCAAGUCCACAAGUCUUAAAGUUGCCAAGUUUGGGAACCACUGGCUUAGAAGAAGGAACACUUAAUCCAUUUUGUGAGUCCAUGUCUUGCAGCCAGCCCACAUGUCUGUAGCAGCCAAUACUUUCCCUCCUGCUGGGAAGGCCUAUCGAUUGAGCUGUAAAUGUUUUGGGAACUCCCUUCCAACUCCCUCCCCCACACACACAGUUUAUACAAAUGUGGUUUCUGUGCUGCUCUGUAUCUAUAUCUGCUCUGGGGAGCCACAUCCUGUCUGUCUCAUUACCUCCAGAGGCUGCAGAAACUCCCCACAACUUCCCUCCAGUCUUUAAAAACAAUCCAGAUGUUGCUACACGUUUCUCCUCUCCUUAUUCUAUAGGGCAACUUUGAAAGGAAAAGUUAUAAGAAAACUUUUGGUGUUACAUUUUUCUCUUUCAGUGUACCUAAUUCUACUUGAAAGGCCAAUAGGAAGAACAACAUUUAAAUUCAGUUUAUUCUAGUUUUACUGACUUUUCUCCAAUUCUGUAAAAGAUUGGCUCUGUCAGGAGUGCUCCACUUUGUUCCUGCUGAAUUAUACAGCAAUUCUCAGGACUGCUUAGGAAGAGAAACAGUAGAAGUCAAAUAAGAGCCAAACCUUAAAGAUCUGGAUUCUGCAGGGUAGCUAGAUAUUAUGAAGGACGGGUCCUAGGCAGAAUGAAAUUUGUGGCAACCCUGCCCAAAUCCCAGCAUAGGAUCUUUCUCAGGAUUGCUUAAAACUAUAGAAGGAGGAAGGCAGAGGGGGAAUAUGGGCAAACAUCGACAUAAAGAGUCUUGUUAUGUUGGCUGAAAAAAUGAGAAUUGUAAUCCACCAUAUCUGGAAGGUGCCAGGUUGCGGAAGGCUGGGCAAACCUUAGACAAAACAAAAAGAGGUGUUUGUCUAAAACCUUAAAGAAAAAGUGAUUUGUGAGCUUCCAUAGGCUACUGCACUACAACUCCCAGUCCCCUUUAUUAUCCGCUAUGUGAAGCAAAGGCUCUUGGGAAUUGUAGUUUAGCAACAUUUGGUGAGCCAUAUUCCUGGCCUAAGCGAAGUCCCUCGGAAUAGAACUGUGCCUCUAAAAACAGCUCCGAGUCUGACUGCUCCAACCUCUCACCAGCAAAUGCCUUGUGUGAGGGAAACCAAAGGGCAGCUUUCUGUUUUUUUGUUUUUAACUUUAUCUCAGGAAGUAGCUGCAGGAAGAGGGGAGGAGGGGUGACACAGCGCAGAUGGGAAAAGAGUAGCCGUUGUGCACCCUGACAGAUAUUUCUUAAAAGAGAUGUUAAGAGGGAGGGGGGGGAAAGCAACAAACAAACAAAGCAAGGCCAGCAAUUUUGGGAGGCACCAUGUGCCAAUAACUGUAUGCAUAAAAAACUGAUUCAGAGUUGGAUUUUUGUACAGACAUGUGC